AUGGAAUCCAUACUGUCUAUUGAGGACGAAAAAAAUGAUGUAAAUAAGCGAGCCCAUAAAACAAAUAUUACCAAACUUCUCAAGUCAUAUGACUUGUUCAAAGUUAAGGUUAAGGUCAAAUUCGGGUUCGAAAAAGAUACUCUAGUGAAAAAAGGUAGUAAUAUCAAAGCAUAUUUGGGUCUAGGAAAGUUUUCUCGUUCAGGUAAACAUGGUAAACAAAAAGAUUCGGAAAAGGAAAGCAUGCAGAAAAUCAUUCAUUCAACUUCAAACCAACAACAGCCCACCAUUAAUCAUUUUCCAAAAAUUAAUAAGGUUCCACAAAUAAAUCAUAAUAAUGUUGGAACACAAGAAAUUCAACUACAAGUACAAGAGAUGCAUCAAUUUAUCAAUCAUUUAUGGCAUUCACUAAAACUACAUAGGCAAAACUUUUCUAGUUCUGCGGAUAAUCUUUUAUUCAUUCAUUCCCAAUUGUCUGCUCUUGAAGUAUCAAGAGAUAAUACGAUGCAUGAGGCAAAAUUUGCAUCAAGAGAUGUUAUUAGUGUCUUACAGCUUUACUUUAAACCAUUAGACGAUUUAUCACAAGAAUUCACUUGCUACCUUUGGGAAUUAACUAGAAACAUUUUUACUCUGGUAAGUAACGGUCAUGCGAAAACCGUUAUUAAAAGUUUGGCUAGAAUAAUUUGGUUAGAAGAGGAAAUGGACGUUCAAACAAAUGAGACACGUAUUGUCAAAUCGUACAAAAAUAACUUUUUUAGCAUUUUGAGCAACACUAUUUUGGAAAGGUUUGAACUUUUUUUGAGCAAAGUCAAAGACACCCCAUUGACAUUAUUAGACAAUUUAGAUUUUAUAUAUAAUGAUUUAAAUUUAGUAAAAGAUGAAAUUGAACCACAAUUCCCUUUGCAUUACAAUGUAAGACUUUUCUUCGUACAGGAAUAUCAUGAUCAAGUUUACACCUGGCUGAACGAUAUUAUGCAAACUGACUUGUCUUUGGACGCGGGAACUAUUUUUGCCUUGAUUCGCUGGGUGCGUCAAUACUACCUUAAAAUCGUAAGUGAUAUGAAUAUAUCGCAAGACUUACUGGAACCAGAGCUCUUAGACGGCAGGGAGCACGAAUUGAUUGAUUGCUUACUAUCAAUUAUGCGCAGCAAGUUUCAAGAAUGGAAAAAUAAUUUGAUUGAAAGUGAUAUUAAAGAAUUUAUUGAACGUCUUUAUGAAUUAGAUGCUAAUAAAGUGACUGGCCUUUCUGGUACACCUGUGCUGAUCAGUAUGAUUAAUCAACAAAUAGAUUUGGCCAUUAUGUCUACUCAUGAAAAAAUUUUAGCUAAUGUGGUCAAAGAAUGUUGUAAAGUGAUGAUUGACAUACAACAAACUUGGAUGAUCACAUUGGAAUCAGAAGUUCGCCUAUAUAUUGAAGAAAAAGGUGAACCACGUCUUUUGGAAUAUAUUAUCGCAUUGGCUAAUGAUGAAUGUCGUUGUGCCGAUCAUGUUGAAAAUCUUAAGAAACAGUUAGCACCAUUAUUUAAAUCUAACGAAUAUUGGGAUCCCGUUAAUGUUGAGCUUUGUCAUGUGAAAGAUGGAUUCUUAUAUGUCGUUACAAAUGCCAUCAGUACAGCCUCGUGCAUCGUAUUCAAUGAUCUUAAAAAACCAUUUCGUGAAAUGCAUACUUCACAGUGGUACAAGGCGGGUCCAAUGAGCGUCAUUACCGUGACGAUAGAAGAUUAUUUAAACCAUAUUAAAUUAUGCCUGAAUUCAAGUUUAUUUGCCAUGAUGAUCGCUACCAUGAUUCAAAAAUUUGUGAUAGCAUAUGUGGAAUCAAUGCGUAACAAAAAUGCCAAAUAUCGCACGUCACAAUGCUUGGAUCAUAUGCGAAGAGACAUUCGCGUGGCAGAAAACUUCUUUGUGCAAUAUAUUAAACAUGAUGAAGUUAACCGACAAUUUGACCCGAUUCAUAAACUUCAUAAUUUUUUAAAUACCUCACGCGAAAUGGUACACAUAGAUUAUUACGCGUUGAAAACGUCAUAUGGAGAUAUACCUCGAAAAUUCCUUAAAAAUAUUUUGUCAAAAAGAUAUGACAUUAUAACUUCCAGAAAUAUAAAUAAAAUAAUCAAAUCUAAAGAGCUUGAAUAUGGUGAAUACACGGGUGAACCAACAAUAUUUAGUAUGAUUAAAGUUAAUGAAGAAGAUGUGUCAGGAGAACAACUCGAUCGGUUCAAAGGAGAAAUCCAACAAUUAACGAACGGGCUUAAGGAUCUAUACUAUAAAUGCAAAAUAAAACUGCAUAGAUCGGAAUCGUACCAAUAA